ACGCGACAAGUUUAGACGAUAAUUGUUAGUGUCUUUGCAGAAAGAAUAUAACAGGAAGUCGUGUUUGCUCCAUUUUAAAUUUGAUUAGAAGAUUUUUUUUUGUUUUACGAUGUGCUUGUGGCGAGUCGUUUGGUGGGAUUCGGAUUUCCGCAAAUGUCAAACGGGGAUUUUUAUUAUUAUUUGUUGGCAGGAGUGAUCAAUGACGAAAGGUAGAGAACCACAACAACGACGAGAAGUUUUAUUAUCAAAAUUUCUUUAUCAAAUGUUUGGCAGGUGUAUUGAAUAACAGUUUCUAAUGCGGAUCAAGUCAUGACAUUGUCGUAUUGGUGGAUGCAUUGGUUUUGGAUCACCUUUAGAAUAUUUGUUGGUGUAUCUGAGGAAAUUACUUUAACACAUUCCAUCACCCCAGUCACAAAUCCAAGUACUGAUUUAGUUCAACGCACUGGCAAGGCGAUUGGAAUUUCUAGUUUAAAUCCGCCCAUCAACAAUAAUCCUUCCAAUUCUUCAAUGCAGAACAUUUCAACAUCAAAAAACCAGAAGCCUUCCUUAAACAAGUUUGAUUUUAUGUAUUCCAACAUGACUAAGCAGAACACAACAAAUAAAUUUUAUUUUCCAAGCAAAGAAACGACUGUGAUAAAUCAGAAUAUAACUGACAUCAGUUUAAAUAUUACUGAUAACCAAAUGCUAAUUAAUUCAAGUUUUAGCGCAAUAAAUCAUACUGAUAAUUUCAAUUAUAGUAAUGAUACAAAUUAUAACCAAAGUCUUCUGCUAACCUCAGAGAAAAUAACAGAAAAGGAUGAGGAUGUCACUGGAAACUUAUCAGCAGCUGGGAUAACAGGGAUUACUCUGGGUUGUGUUGUUAUUGUUGGCAUUAUUUGCGGGGUUAGCUACUUUCUCUAUCGCAAUAGAGGAUUCAACAGACCUCAAGUACUUAACGAUCGUUGCAGCAAUCCGGAUUCAAGUGGAUACAUUGAUGAUGCUUCAGAUAAUUCAGAAGAAAUGUACAGCUUGGACAACGAUUCAUUUCUUAAUAGUUUAGAGGCUAUGACCAUUCAGAACUAUUGGACAGAUACUGUCAAACAUACAAAGUUGUAACAAUCCCUUUUAAGUUUUGUAAAUAAAAUGACUUAAGUAUUUUAGAAUCUGUGAUGCAUAUCAGUAGGCUCUCAAUAAACUUUUAGUUUCAUAUAUUUUUCUAAAAGUCUUGGAAAUUAAUUGUGAUUUUUUAAUAUAUUUGUUAUGAACUUAUUAUUAUUAUUUAUGCUCUUAAUUUUAGAAAAGUACAAAUGCAUUUUAGUUUUGUAUAUAUGUUUAUAAAUUUCGUGUUUGUUGUUUUUAUACUUCCUUCUACAUAAAUCUCGCAUGUUAACUAUAAGAUGUAGUGUAAAGUUAAAUAUAUAAAUUGGUAAAACUAAUAAACAUUAAGACACAAUCAGAAGUAUUUGUAAAGAUUUCAUGUGCAAUAAUAUAUUUUCAUCCCAAAAUGUAAUGGAAAUUUAUUAAAAUAUAGUUUUAUAACACACCUAA